CUCCUUGUGUGUAUGCGCGUGUGCGUGCGCGCGCGCGUGCACUGCCCCUCGUCCCCAGGCUGUGCUGCGCCGGGAUGCUCUGCUCCUGCCGGAGGUGCUCAUGGAGACCAAACGAGUCGAGAUUCCCAGCAGCGUUCUGGACGAUCUCUGCAGCCGAUUUAUUUUGCAUAUUCCCAGUGAGGAAAGAGACAACGCUAUCCGAGUAUGCUUUCAGAUUGAACUUGCCCAUUGGUUUUAUUUGGAUUUCUACAUGCAGAACACACCAGGAUUACCUCAGUGUGGGAUAAGAGAUUUUGCUAAAGCUGUCUUCAAUCAUUGUCCUUUUUUACUGCCUCAAGGUGAAGAUGUACAAAAAGUUUUAGAUGAAUGGAAGGAGUAUAAAAUGGGAGUACCAACCUAUGGUGCAAUUAUUCUUGAUGAAACACUUGAAAAUGUAUUAUUGGUUCAGGGUUAUCUAGCAAAAUCAGGCUGGGGAUUUCCAAAGGGAAAAGUAAAUAAAGAAGAGGCACCACAUGACUGUGCUGCUCGAGAGGUCUUUGAAGAAACUGGUUUUGAUAUCAGAGAUUACAUUUGUAAGGAUGAUUACAUUGAACUAAGAAUCAAUGACCAACUAGCUCGUUUGUACAUCAUUCCAGGAAUUCCAAAGGAUACAAAAUUCAACCCAAAAACCAGAAGAGAGAUUCGGAAUAUUGAAUGGUUCUCAAUUGAGAAAUUGCCCUGCCAUAGAAAUGACAUGACCCCAAAGUCAAAACUUGGUUUGGCACCUAACAAGUUUUUCAUGGCCAUUCCGUUUAUCAGACCAUUAAGGGACUGGAUUUCUCGAAGGUUUGGGGAUUCCUCAGACAGUGACAAUGGGUUUUCUUCAGCUAGCGGGACGCCAGCCAAACCUAGUGUGGAGAAAAUGAGUAGAUCUAAAUUUCGCUACAACCAGCAGUUGUUUCCAGAUUGUUCUCCAGGUGACCAGUGGGUAAAACACAGGCAACCACAGCAACAGAAGCCAUUUAAUAAUCAUUCUGACAUAUCUGAUCUUUUAAAAACAAAGAAUCAGAAUAUGAGAGGAAAUGGGAGAAAACAGUAUCAAGACUCCCCUAACCAAAAGAAGAGAACAAAUAUAGUGCACAAUCAGCAGCCUAAACAGCAGAACCACACAUUGAAAUGUGAAAAAAAACUUCAUCUAAGGAAACUACAGGAUAAUUUUGAAACAGAUGCAGUAUGUGAUUUUUCUUGCUCCAGUGAAGACCAGCUACUAGACCAGAUGGAGGCACAUUCCAUAGCAUGUAAUGAACCCUGCAAGUUCAUGUUUUCAUCAAGAGCUUUUUUGAACUUCAAGUUUGACUACAAUGCCAUAAUGAAGAACUUUGACCUUUGAGAGAGACUAGAGUAUUUAGGAAGCCUCCAGAUCAAAGAGACCCAUUGCCAUUAAGUGGUUGUUAAUUAAGCCUUACCUUUCUCAGGUGAUAAAAAAUACAGGGAGGCAAUGGUGUUAAUGAAGAGAUUAUUCUCUUUGCAGAAGAAUGGUGUAAAAAUGUACUUGCACUGCAAAUGCAGUAUGACUUUUAUACAUAAACUUACCUUUUCAGUGUUCAACUCACUAGCUGAGCAUUGUGCUUGUGAGGGCAUUCUGUAUGGCUGUGAAGUAUUUUGUGUUCUCAGUGGAGAUUGCAUUAAUAUUUUAUUAACAUCUUAGAAAAAUUUUGUGCUUAGGCAGAUGGCAAAAUUAGGAGGGAAUAUAUCCCUCUUUUCUUUAUUGGGGUAAUUUUUUGGGGGUACUAUAAUUAGUAAUUACUGAUUUCUGAUCAUGAUUGCUAAAGUGGUUUCAAAUUCAAGAUCUCAUCAUCUGCUUUUGGGGUAUUUCAUAACAAUUUUCUGCCUCCAAUUUCAAUAGCUUAGGCUGUUGAAAACCCUAAAAAAGUUUUGUGUUGAGACAUUAGAACCCGAUAUCCACGUUCAUGAUGAACUCCUAGUCUUUUUUCUCAAAUCUUUGAAAUGCCAUAGUUUGCACUUCUUUGAGAUUUUAUACUUAGAAAAUAAAAGUUGCAAAGUUCAGUCCAGUUUCCUCUUUCCUAUAAGGACAAAUAAUUUUUUCAGAAGAGGAAUUAAAUUUGUAGGAGGUAGCAGAACUAAAGAAGAUUUUUACUUUAAUUUUUCCUGCAUAUAGCUGAGCCUUGUGAGAAUUGAAGGCCUGGACACAGGUGCUGCUUUUGUCUCAUCAUCUUAACUUCAACUCUUUUUUUCUAACAUGUACUUUAGUUUUUUCUUUGCUAUGAUAUUUCCCCCAUAAGAUAAUAUGUAUAGAUAUGAAACCAUUGUUAUUGAAUUUUAUGUAACGAUUAUAUCAGGGUAGCUAUAUGGAAAUUGGUAUUCCAUUUUCCAGUGGUAGUAGUGUGAUGUAGAGUUAAAAAAUUAGGCAUGCUACAGCCCCUGGAUAAUAGAAUGAGAGGA